AUGCGUCAAGGCUUGCUUCUUGUGGUGCUCGCCACCGUGCUGGUGCUGGCUCGUGCCGCUACCCAGCAGUGCACCUCGUGGGAAAAUGUCGUGAUCGGCGGCAGUGACCUGCAACAUGCCGAGCUUGUUGCCUCGCCCGGCCAGUGCUGCGACCUCUGCUAUGCCAACGCCGACUGCACCAUCUAUACCUGGAAUGCCACGUCCAAGACCUGCAUUCUCAAGAACAAGCAGUCCGACAGCACCUCGGCGUACGGUGUCACUUCGGGCACGACGAACGACCGCACCAUCUGGUCUCCCUGCAUGGGCGCCUCCAGCUCCUACCCGUUUUGCGACACCAAGCUCUCCGUGGAUGACCGUUUGAAGGACCUCGUUAGCCGCGUGAGCACCGCCGAUGCCGCCACCCAGCUCCGAGCCCGUGAGUCAGCGCAGAUCGACAACAUUGGUCUGCCGGCUUACUACUGGGGCACCAACGCCAUUCACGGCAUGCAAAACACCGCCUGCCUGGCCGAUGGCCAAUGCCCUACCUCCUUCCCCGCCCCCAACGGCCUCUCGGCCACCUUCAACUACAGCUUGGUCAAGGACAUGGGCCGCAUCAUUGGUCGCGAGCUCCGCGCUUACUACAACACCAAGUUCCACAACGGCCUUGAUACCUGGAGCCCCACCAUCAACCCCAGCCGUGACCCCCGUUGGGGCCGCAACGUUGAGUCCCCUGGCGAGUCCCCCUUUGUCUGUGGCCAAUACGGCGCAGCCUACACGGAAGGCCUUCAGAACGGUGACGACAAGGACUACACGCAGGCCGUCGUCACCCUCAAGCACUGGGUGGCCUACUCGGUUGAGGACUACGACAACGUCACCCGCUACGAAUACAAUGCCAUCGUGUCCGAGUACGAUCUCAUGGACACCUACUUUCCCGGUUGGGAGUACGUGGUCAAGAACGCCAAGCCCCUCGGCGUCAUGUGCUCUUACAACAGCCUCAACGGCGUUCCCACCUGCGGUAACCCGGCGCUCACGGCUUACUUGCGCGAGGAUUGGGGUUUCGAGGGCUACAUCACCUCCGACUCUGACUCGAUCCAUUGCAUCUGGGCCGAUCAUCACUACGAGUCCAACGCCGUCCUCGCCACCCGCGAUGGUCUUCUCGGUGGUUGCGACAUUGAUUCGGGUGACACUUAUGCCGAUAACCUCGAGGCCGCCGUCAACCAAAGCCUUGUCAAUCGCUCGGCCGUCGAUGCCGCCCUCACCAACUCGUACCGCAUGCGCUUCAACCUGGGCCUCUUUGACCCCAACGUCACCAACGCCUACGAUCGCAUCUCAGCCGAUGAAGUUGGCAUGAGCUCAUCCCAAGAGACCUCCCUUCUCGCCGCCCGCAAGAGCAUGACUCUUCUUAAGAAUGAUGGGCAGACGCUGCCUUUUGCCACUGGCAAGAAGGUGGCCGUCAUUGGCAAGAGCAGCAACUCGGCCGAGGACAUUCUCGGCAACUACGUUGGGCCCAUCUGCCCCAGCGGUGCCUUUGAUUGCGUUCAGACCCUGUAUCAGGGCGUGGCUGCUGCCAACCAGGGUGGCGCCACCACGCUCUCCGACGACGUUGCCGACAUCAACACAGCCAUCCAGCUGGCCAUGGACGCCGACCAGGUCGUGCUGACCAUCAGCAACUACGGCCAGGCUGGUGAGGGCAAGGAUCGCACCUACAUUGGCCUCGAUACCGACCAACAGGAGCUCGUUGCUGCCGUUCUCAAGGUGGGCAAGCCCACGGCCAUUGUGAUGUUGAACGGUGGCUUGAUCUCGCUGGACUGGAUCAAGGACGAGGCUCAGGCCAUCCUGGUGGCUUUUGCCCCUGGCGUGCACGGCGGCCAGGCCGUGGCCGAAACCAUUUUUGGCGCCAACAACCCCGGUGGCAAGCUGCCCGUCACCAUGUACGCCAGUGACUACGUGAACGAUGUUGACUUUUUGAACAUGUCCAUGCAAGCCGUGGCCGUCCUUCAUCUCAUGAACGUAAACGGGGAACGUGAUGACACAGGCCCGGGUCGCUCGUACAAAUAUUACACGGGCGAGCCCCUGUAUCCCUUUGCAUACGGUCUGUCGUACACCACGUUCAACCUGAGCUGGUCACCUGCACCGCCCAUGACAACGUUCACAAGCACGCUCCGCUCAACCACGUACACGGCAACCGUGACCAACACGGGAUCGGUGGGUGGUGAUGAGGUGGUGUUUGCCUUCUACAAGCCCAAAUCCGAGUCCCUCAAGACGCUGCCCGUGGGCAACCCCGUUCCAAUCAAGGAGAUCUUUGGCUUCCAACGCGUAGCCCUGGGCCCCGGCCAGUCCACUCAAGUGACCUUUGAGCUGAAUGCGGAGACGUUGGCACAGGUGACGCUUGAUGGUCACCGCGAGCUCCACAGCGGCGAGUUUGAGAUUGAGCUGACCCGUGGUCACGGCGAGGUCCUCACCGGCACUGCCGUGGUGGAUGUGGCCCAGCCCGAGCGCCUUGCCACCUUCCGCAAGUGGUGGUAA